AUGGGCCCAGACACUACAGCCCGCAAGGUGCUUCUCGCAGGACUGUGGUGGCCAACGGUACAUCACAACGCCAGGGAGUGGGUCUUGGUGUGCGACACUUGCCAAUGGGCGGGCAAACCUCUAAAGCAGGACUUCAUGCCCCUCAACCCGUCGCAUGCACAGGAACUCUUUGAACGAUGGGGACUCGACUUUGUGGGUCCUCUUAAGGCCGGCCACACACGACGAUGUCGGUACAUUGUAGUUGCGACAGAAUACUUGACCAAGUGGGUGGAGGCAAGGGCUCUCCUGGAUGAUUCGGCAGUAAGCACAGGGAAAUUUAUUUACGAACAAAUCAUUACGUGA